UACCAGCCCGCAGUCACCGGAGCUGAGCAGAGCCUCUGUCAUUGGCCUCGGCCUUAGCUCACUAAUGCGAGGACAUUCGGUUUGCAUGUGAAAUCAAUAUGGCUGUUUCACAUGGAUCAGCUGUGAGGACAUUGUAUAAACGGAUUCUUCAAUUACACCGACGUCUUCCCUUGGAGAUGAAAGCGCUUGGAGAUGAAUAUGUAAAAGCAGAAUUUAGAAGACACAAGAAUGUUAAUUCUGAAGAAGUUCAAAACUUUAUGAAGGAAUGGCAGGGUUAUGCUGCAAUGUUAUCAGUUCAAACAGAAGGAGUGAAAUCUGAGGAAGAGAUCAAACAGGUUGGUUUGCAUAUAGAUGAAAAACAAUUAGAUGAUAUGAAUGACAUGCAGGUUGGACAGCUGUAUGAACUCUAUCAAGAAACUAAUAAGCCUUCUCAGUUUAUGCAGAAAGAAGAUUCAUAAAAAAGGAAUGAACAUGGAUCUAAAUUCUGUAAAACAGUUCAGACUCUAUUGUUGGACCGUUCAAGUCAUAUUUUCAACCAUGCAGAUAAAAUGAUUGUUUGAAGCGAGGAUAAUAUCAAAUUCAGCUGUGAAGGUGAUAUCUAGGUGGACAUUCUCAGGACACAAUAUACAGAUGACUUGUGCAUUUUUUUUUUCCAAUUUCAAGUUGAUAGCAAUAGCUGUACAAUAUCACAAUUAUUUUGGAAUAUAUCAAGACAUUGAAAUUCACUGAUAUUGGAUUUUGUGAUGACACAAUGUAUCUUUUAGUCUUGUGUAUUUUCAGACCUUAAAUUGUCAUAAUUGAGUGAGAACAAAACCUGGGAAUCCCCAAAUAUCACAGAAGUGUAUCAUCCAUUAAAUUUCUUUUCUCCUUCGAUUGCACGUUUUUGGGUUUUUUUUUAUACAAAUAUACAGGUAUGUAAAAAAUUGUGAACAUUUUAAAUUUUCGAGUAAAAUAAUGUAUGUCAGUUUAUUGUGAGAAUAUCAAAGUGUGCAAUAUCUUGCAGCCCUAAUGUUGUAGUAUUUUUUUUAAUUAAUUGUUCAUAUUUGUGCCAAGGAAGUUAAUCGUCUGUGUCUGAUCUUUUUUAUUAUUGUUGACCUUACCUGGAAGUUGUCAUGCACAAAUAUGAAAUUUCCAAUUUCUCAAAAGUGCUAAACUAACCACUUAUACUUGUUUUUCUCUCAUCUUUAUUAAUAAGGUGAAAAUUCCCUCAACUGUGCAAAAUGCUGUUUUUGUUUGUCUAUUUUCACACUUUUGUGUUCACUCCUUUGUAUCCUGUUUGAUAUCUCAAGAGAGGUAUACAUGUAAACACCAAGGAAAUAUCAUCAUUCAUCACUUUAUAAAGACAGAGAUUAAUUCUUUUGGUAUAUUUAAGUCAGCUAAAACUACUCAGAAAGCAAUUUGAUGUAAAUAAUUGGAGCAAAAUCAAUCAAGCGUAAUGCCUAAAAUUUCAUCAAAAUCAGAUUGAAAAUGAAGUUUUUAUUGUCUCACCUGCAUAGCAGAGUGAGACUAUAGGCGCCGCUUUUCCGACGGCGGCGGCGUCAACACCCAAAUCUUAACCGAAGGUUAAGUUUUUGAAAUGACAGCAUAACUUAGAAAGUAUAUGGACCUAGUUCAUGAAACUUGGCCAUAAGGUUAAGGGCAGUUCCACGGUUACGGAGUGACAUUCAGAAACAACUUUUUUGCAUUCAAACAAAGAUAUCACCCAUAUUUGAAUAAUUAUUUUCAAAGAAAUGGUACCUGACAGUAGUUGCUGAAACCCACUUUUCAAAAUAAUAACAUUAACAUUUGUUAUUUUGAUCCAAUGAAUUAAUGAGAUAUGAAUAUUCAUAAACAUGGUUACAGAGUGACGCAAAAUGGACAUGCAUAUUUGAGGAGAAAACAUAUUGCUCAAAAUCUGUGAAUUUUCAAUUGCUAUCAUAAUUUUGAUUAAUUGAUUGGAUUCUAUGUUCUAGCUUUAAUAUGCUGCAUUACAUUAAAGAAUCUGUGUAUUAUUUCAUUAAUUACGACUUAAAACGUAAACCCAUACCCGGUUACGGAGUGACAUCAGAAAUAUCCACUCACGGGCAACGUAAAAUGAACUUAUAUUAUAUGAUGUAAAAUGAUGACCUUCAGAUUAUCCAAAAGAAAAUUUUACAAAACAAGCAAUAGUUUUCUGUUAAAUUGAAAUUAAGUAAAAAACAAUAUAUGUAGUCCCAUGUAUAGAAUUUCUUGUAUGGUUUGGAUUCUCCUAUAAGGAGAUGCGUAAGGAAAAAAAAAUGUGGCUAUUUAUGUUUCCCUUUUGUAUUUAUGAAAUUCCAUAUGAGUUGAUAGAAAAAUUUGAUCCAGAUUUGAAAUAGAGCCAAUAUAAAUUUUUUUUUAAUGUCCGCUUUUGCAUGGAACUGCCCUUAAUCAAGUAUUACGUCACAUGACCAAGGUCAUAGGUCAUUUAGGGUCAAUGAACUUUAGCCAAAUUGGGGGUAUCUGUUGAAUUACCAUGAUCAACAUCAUAAGGCUAAUCAAGUAUUACUGAAUAUCCUGCACGAGUUUCACGUCACAUGACCAAGGUCAUAGGUCAUUUAGGGUCAAUGAACUUUAGCCAAAUUGGGGGUAUCUGUUGAAUUACCAUAACUUUGAAAGUUUCAGGUCACAUGAUUAAGGUCAAAGGUCAUUUAGGGUCAAUGAACUUUGGCCAAAUUGGGGGUAUUUGUUGAAUUACCAUCAUAACUUUGAAAGUAUAUUGGUCCAGUUCAUAAAACUUGGACAUAAGGGUAAUCAAGUAACACUGAACAUCCUGUGCGAGUUUCAAGUCACAUGACCAAGGUCAAAGGUCAAUGAACUUUGCCAUAAUGGGGGUAUCUGUUAAAUUACCAUCAUAACUUUGAAAGUUUAUGGAUCUGACUAACUUGGACAUAAGGGUAAUCAAGUAUCACUGAACAUCCUGUGCGAGUUUCAGGUCACAUGAUCAAGGUCAAAGGUCAUGUAGGGUCAAUGAGCUUUGGCCAUGUUGGGGGUAUUUGUUGAAUUACCAUCAUUUAUCGAAGUGUUUUGGUCUAGUUCAUAAAACUUGGACAUAAGAGUAACCAAGUAUCACUGAAUUUCUCAUGCGAGUUUCGGGUCACAUGACCAAAGUUUAAGGUCAUUGAACUUUGGCCAUUUUAGAGGUAAUUAUUAGAUUGAUGUCUUAACUUUCAAAGUUUAUAGAUAUAGUGUAUAAAAUGUGGAUAUAGGGGUAAUAAAGUAUCACUGACAAGUUUUAGGUCACAUGAUCAAUGUCAAUGAACGUAGUACUGUAUCAUUAUAUGAAUGAUGUUUUUUGUGAAUAAUUAUUUUAUAGUAGUUUUCAAAGUCAGCACUGCUGCUAUAUUGAAUCGCAUGAUGCAGGUGAGACCGCCAGAGGUAUUCCACUUGUUAUGUAUUUAUAAAUUUUUAUUAGUUUCCCCAUAACUUUUAAUGAAAAUUUUUGUGGUUUGUAAAUUAGAGUCACUGAUGUCACAAUUUAAAUUAGUUACUUCACCUUGUAAAUAUAUUAAUCACCUUCAUUUAAUAUAUGUUAUGAUUCUUUAUUAUUAAAUCUACCAAUAAAAUAUUGAAAUGAUAUUAAUUGUAAUUUUAUUUCAUACAAAAGGAAUAGUGAGUGUGACAUUGCUUCUCUUAUUUGCAUGUCAAUGUACCGUACCUGGUUUUUUUGACUCGCCUGCAUAGCAGAGCAAGACUAUAGGCGCCGCCAACAUCAAAUCUUAAGGACGUUCCACAGUUAAAAUGAAAUCCAUGUCAUUUUCACCAAACUUUGCACAUAGAUACUUUAGAACCUGAAUAUUCGAAAUAUGCAAAAAUUAACAUAGGUCCAUGUGCUUGAUUUUUUGCUAUGGAGCUUCAAAGUUCACCCGAAUGAAUGUUCUUACGGAUUGCGCAUUCAAAAGAAUUUGGCAUUUUUAGACCUCACAAGAUCACUACAAUAAGUUUAAACCUCUAUUACUCAGUCAAAAUACAUGAAAAAGUCAUCAAAAUUUCGCAAGGGAGUUAAUAAGUGUAUCGUUAGAAUGGAGAAUCUAUUUAUAGUGCUAUUUGUUUGCAAUUUUAAGUCUAACAGCACUGUGAGUUCUUAAAAAUGGCGUAAAACAUAACAAAAACCCAAUCUCAAAAAAGUGAAAUUUCAAUAACAAACUACAAAAGUACAAUAAAUGCUGCACUUUAUUCAAAAUCCAUGUCAUUUUCACAAAAAUUUGCAAAGUUGUAGAGGAAGGUAUACCCAAGAGGUGCAAACAUUAAAAAAUAGGGCUUCAUGUGCUUGUUUUCAAACUAUCAGCAUUUUCAUUAGAGCAAAUGUGCUUUUUAAAACACCAAAAAUGCGCCAAAUGCUUUGUAUCUAUGAGAAGAAAAAAUCAAAACCACUCUACCAUUUAUUUAAACUCGGGGUCAUAUUUGUGAUUUUUGGCAGCACUGCAGAGUAAAGUAUUUUAAAAUUGUAGAGAUGUUUUUUUAAAUGGUCCAUGGAAUAAUUAAAGUUUUUUAGCUUCAUAAACUAACGCAUCGGAUCUGCAGUUAGAGUGCAGAUGAUGAGAAAAUUCAGUUCAUACCCACAGCUAAUUAAUCACCUGUUCAUUCAUUGUGACGUCAGCGCGCAGAGUGUAAAAUAUGCGCAGAUCAUAAUGCGCACAAACAUAACUGUGGAACGUCCUUAACCUAAGGUUAAGUUUCUGAAAUGACAUCAUAACUUAGAAAGUAUAUGGACCUAGUUCAUGAAACUUGGACAUAAGGUUAAUCCAGUAUUACUGAACAUCCUGCCUUAGUUUCAGGUCACAUGACCGAUGUCAAAGGUCAUUUCGGGUCAAUGAACUUAGACCAUGUUGGGAAAAUUAUUUUCAAAAUCUUAACGGAAGGUUAAGUUUUUGAAAUGACAUAACUUAGAAAGUAUAUGGACCUAGUUCAUGAAACUUGGGCAUAAGGUUAAUCAAGUAUUAGUGAACAUCCUCCUCGAGUUUCAGGUCACGUGACCAAGGUUAUUUAGGGUCAAUGAACUUUGGUCAAGUUGGGGGUAUAUGUUGAAUUACUAUCAUAACUUUGAAAAUCUAAGCAUCUAGUCCAUGAAACUUGGACAUAAGGUUAAUCAAGUAUUAGUGAACAUCCUGUCUGAGUUUCAGGUCACAUGACCAAGGUCAAAGGUCAUUUAGGGUCAAUGAACUUUGGCCAAGUUGGGAGUAUUUGUUGAAUUACCAUCAUAACUUUGAAAAUGUAUGGAUCUAGUUCACGAAACUUGGACAUUAGGUUAAUCAAGUACCACUGAAUAUCCUGUGCGAGUUUCAGGUCACAUGACCAUGGGCUGUGUUGGGGGUAUUUGUUAAAUUACUAUCCUAACUCUGAAAGUUUAUGGAUCUAGUUCAUAAAACUUGGACAUAAGAGUAAUCAAGUAUCACUGAACAUCCUGUACGAGUUUCAGGUCACAUGUCCAAGGUCAAAGUUCAUUAAAGGUCAAUGAACUUUGGCCGUGUUGGGGGUAUUUGUUGAAUUACCAUCCUGACUCUGAAAGUUUAUGGAUCUAGUACAUAAAACUUGGACAUAAGAGUAAUCAAGCAUCACUGAACAUCCCCUGUGAGUUUCAGGUCACAAAACCAAGUCAAAUGUCAGUUAAGGUCAAUAAACUUAGGCCAUGUUGGGGUAAUUGUUGAAUUGCCAUCAUAACUUUGAAAGUUUAUGGAUAUAGUGAAUGAAAUGUGGACAUGGGUGUAGUUGACAGUGUUAAGUCUCCGUUCAAAUGUCAUUUAUGGUCAAUGAACGUGGUAUUAUGUCAUUAUAUGAAUGGUGUUUUGUGAAUAAUUAUUUUAUAGUAGUUUUCAAAGUUAGCCCUGCUGCUAUAUUAAAUUGUGUAAUGCAGGCAAGACUGCCAGAGGCGUUCCACUUGUUUUUUAAUAAAGUCACAAGUGUAACAUUUAUCAUAUUGAUUUUGAUAUUUUUGGUGUUGUUACUUUUGUACGAUGUUUGAUCCUUUGUUUAAUCAAUUAUCUUAUUAUGUUGAA